AUGUCUUUUGUCCUUCACAUGAAAGGUGACCGCGUCAUUACUCCAAAGUCUCAUCGCCAAACGAACCGAGUACUGGGAGAACUGCCAGGCUACUUUGGUAUCAAGCCAGCAGCACUCCUCAACAGUGUGAAAUCAGAGAACUUGUCUCCAGGAAUCUACUGCAAUGGAACUUUCGACGCGUUUGCAUGCUGGCCCCAUUCACCGCCCGGGAACGUGUCUAUCCCGUGUCCCCCAUACUUGCCAUGGAUCACUGCAGAUACAUCAAGGAGAGCAUACAGAGAAUGCUUGGAAGAUGGCACCUGGAGACUGGCGGAGAAUUCCUCAGCUCCAUGGAGGGAUCACUCCGAAUGUCAGGAGCACCACUUUUUUAAGGACAAGGAGGAUGAAAUGCUGCGGCAGACGGCGCUUCGACUGAUCUCCGUGAUUGGCUACUCUCUCUCGCUCUCCUCCCUCACACUGGCUACCUUGCUCAUGGGCAUGCUAAGAAAGCUCCACUGCACCCGAAAUUACAUCCACAUGAAUCUCUUCAUGUCGUUCAUCCUGAGAGCGGUGGCCGUCAUAUCCAAGGAGAUUAUAUUACAUGUGAUGUAUUCCAACCUGCCCAAGGACGACCCCGGGUGGAACGCUUACUCCACCUCUAUGGCACUGAUGUGCAAAUUCUCCAAAGUAGCGAUGGAGUAUUUUGUCGCCUGUAACUACUUCUGGCUCCUGGUGGAGGCCAUUUUUCUCCACACACUGCUCUUCACUGCUGUCCUGGCCAAGAGACGUCUGCUGAAGCAAUACCUGCUGCUGGGAUGGGGAACCCCUGUGCUGUUUGUGACUCCGUGGACUGUUGUGAAGAUCACGUAUGAAAACACAGAAUGCUGGUCCAUUGUGAACAGAUGGUUCUGGUGGAUCAUCCGUGGGCCCAUCACCGUGUCAGUGCUGAUUAUAUUCUUUAUAUUCAUCAAGAUUCUCAUGCUGCUGCUGUCCAAACUGAAGGCAGACCAGGUGAAGUUCACAGACUACAGAUACAGCUUGGCCCGAGCUACACUGGUACUGAUUCCUCUGCUGGGGAUCCACGAGGUGGUUUUCACCGUGCUGAUCGAUGAGUGUGUGGAGGGCCACAGCCGCUACGCCCGGAACUUUGUCAACCUCACCCUCAGCUCUUUUCAGGGAUUUUUGGUGGCUGUGCUGUACUGUUUUGCAAAUGGAGAGGUUCAAGCGGAGGUGAAAAAGCGCUGGCAGCUUUUUCUGUUCACCCACCAUUUCCAGGUCAGGACCUGUGUCAGGAGCGCGCCGCUCAAGCACCUCUGGAAGUUCACCCGUCAGCCUCAGUGCCAGCGGUCCGGCGAGCAGGCGACAGGCUCCAGGACCAACCCUCGCUCUCUCCAAGUGGUUGUGCACGGGGGACCGGAAAGGCCUCAGGGCGACGGUCAGGCACUGAAGGGUUGCAAUACCGCAACAAUCGACUUCCUCACCAGAAAGAGUCUGUCCAGCAGUGACGGAGACAUGACCCUGGGGGAGACAAUGGAGGAGAUUCUGGAAGAGAGCGAGUUCUGA